AUGCCGUACCGAAGGCGCUUCUCCGCCAAGAUGCCGGAUUACGAUGACGACGUUACAGUCGUCGAUGUGUACGAUUUGGCAUCGGAUAUUGGCAAAGAAUGUGAAAUAAUUAUUGAAAAAUACGGACCUGACGCUGUAACAGCGUUGUUGCCUAAAGUGAUAAACGCUUUGGAGCUUCUGGAAAACCUUGCUGUGCGAAACGAAAAAGAAAAUCAAGCAUUGCAGGAAUUGACAGCGAAAAUUUCUCAGUUGGAAAAUGACAAGAUAGAGAAGGCCGAAUACAGGCAGCGCUUCGAAAAGGAAAUAGAAGCUAUCGAGGAGCAAUGGAGGACUGAGUCGGCCGAGCUGGUGACAGCGGUCGGCCGUCUCCAAGAUGAGAAUAAGCGCCUGAGACGUACUAUCAAUGCGCCCGCAGAUGGAACAAGCGCGCCUCCUUCGCCAGCCAGAGAGCAUGACCAAGAAGUUCUUUCGCGACUCAGCAGCACUGCGGAGAAACAGAGGGCGACACUCCGCCACCAAGAGUUGCAGUUGCAAGAUAAGCAACAAGUCAUCGAUGGGUUGACCAAUCAGGUGGAGAAGUUGGCCCAAGUCAGUCGGGACCUGAGACGCAAACAUAAGCAACUACAAAAUCAGAUGCGUCUGGUAUGCGAGGAGCGUUCCGAAUUGACGGCCAUAGUGCAAGCACAGCAACGGGACAUCAGCGCGCUCCAGCAAAUGAAUGCACAAGACAAGAAGUGCGCAGCGUGCGGCGCGGUAACGCCCGAAGGUGGCGACGACGAAGAUCAGUCGUCGAAGCCGACGUUCAGUGUGCGAGAAUUGCGCGCCAUACUGCACGAGAGGAACGAGCUCAAGCUGAAGCUGAACCGUGCCGAGGAACAGUUGCAGGCGUUACAGGUUGAACCGCAACAAGACAGCAGUUCAGAUACAUCGCCUUCAAUGAGUACGGUGGCGGCGGAGGAAGAAGAAGCUCCAGUUCAAGGGCCUCUUCCCGCCGAACCUGACGACGCGCCCUGGAAGAGGAACAGCGGAAUCAGGAAGUUUUUUCGCAAGCUCUUUGCUGAGUCUGAUAUCACCGUGGGCUCGUUCCCGCGCCGCUCGUUCUCCACGCUCGCGCACAAGAUGUCCGCGCCCAGUGGCGCCCCCACCGCCCCCGCGUAG